AUGGCUGAACGUAAAUAUGAUAUGUUACUAUUCAAGAAUGAUCCAGAUAAGAAAAAAUUACAGCAAACAUGGUACAAGGAAAGAUUGAGAACAAAGUAUAUUACCGAUAUUAAAAAAGAACGUUCAGUAGUCUUAAAUGCAAAGUCUUGGACAUUUGUUAAGCAUGGUGUAGACGAUUUCAGAACAGGAAUGCCUUCAGUUGAAAGUACUGAAUGCGUAACCAAGGGUAUUAAGGGAGUUUACUCUCCUAACAUAUAUAAAAGCGGAGAAGAAGAGAAACCCCAACCCAAGAAAUCUUACCGUAAAAAAUUAAAUAAAAUAGAUGUUGCCUAUUCCAGAUCGUUGCCCGGGCAUAAACAUAGAAAAGAUUUUGUCGAUGAUUACGAAUAUGACCUUACGCAACAUCCAUUAGCAUUAUAUCCUCACUUGGAAGAAUGCAUGCCGCCUGAUGUUUUCGAAGACGUUGUCGACGUAUUAGAUCCUGAACUUAAUAUAGAAGCAGAGGCUGAAGAUGAGUAUGAUGACAGUGACUCUAAUUAUUUGAGCCCAUCCGAAAGCAAAAUAGAAAUCGGAGAUAAAAAUAUUGAAACCCUUCAGAUUCCUGUCAUCACUAAAGAGCAAUCCUCAAAUCAGAAUGAUGCUAUAUUAGACGAUAGAGAUAAACUAGAAGACAACAAGACUGUUAAACGCCAAACAUAUCGAUGGAUUAGCAAAAAAGAGGACGUCAAUGUCACUGAAGAUGAUAAUAAUAAUCGAACUACCUUAAUUGAUUUACCCGAAGAAGGACAGGAAGCCAAAAUUAAACAUGUUACUCGUGAUUUUUGCGGUUGGGUGUCAUCACUGGGAGGUGAAAGCAAUAAUAUCGAAGAAGCAACUAUAUUCAGUUUAUUUGCGAGUGGUUACGAAACGAAGCCUGCACUUUCAGUUCCAAUCCAUGUGGUUGAGUUAACUAAUGUCCCACCUGAAUUAAGAUCGUCAGCUAAUGUAGCAAAUAUAACCAAUGAAACUAGAGGAGCUUUAAUUCGCACACCUCCUAAGCGAACAAAAUCAAAUUCUGCUAAUAAAUACUUUGGUGCCUGGUAUUUACCGACUAAAUUAUGGAAAUCUAGAAGGAAAGGAGAGGUACUAGAAGAUCCUCAGAGGAUAAAAGCUAAAGCAACAUCUGAAACUAAAGGAAAAAGUAGAGAAUUGGAUAAUGAAUUAGCAGUUAUGCACGGUGCUAAAGCAUUUCGAGAGUUUAUUGACAAGAAAAGCACAAGACUUCCGGAAUUUUUAGAUAGCGUUGUGGUUCAUAAAGAACCUUAUGAUCGAGAUAAUACGCUAAGUAAGCUAGGUGGAGAGAUCUCAAGGACUGUCUCUGCACAUCCUAAUGAAGAUAAACAGUAA